AGCAGAACCUCCUCGGACAGCGGCCCCAGCCGGGCCCCAGCAGCUCGCGUGGUCGGAGGAGAAGCAGCUGCCACCGCUGCCGCGAGAGCCCGGCCUCGCGCGCCCCUUGCCGCUGGCUCGCCGGUGCCUGUGCGGCCCCGGGACGCCGCUGCCCGCUCGGCGGCCGGGAUGCAGCCGGGGCAUGGCCGCCGGCCCCCAGUCACCUGCCGCGGGGAGCGCUGAGCCCGUUGAAAUUCUGUCUCUGAGAAGCUAACAAUCUUCCUGCGGUCGCUGCUCCUCCCCAGCAGCCCCCUCCUUGCCAAGGACGGUCCAGAAGGAGCCCCACUGGGGCCUCCCUGCACAGCAAAGCAGACCUCACCUCCCACUACCAGCGUGAAGUCAGAACAACCAGAGGAAAUUCUGCCACCAUUUUCCCAGAGCUGGUCUGCAGCCCCUCCAUCUGGGAACCUGCUCCUGGAGUCAUCCCUCUGCAAACAGAGAGCCCAGAGUGCCUCGGGGAAAAUUGGCUGAAUAAAAGAGCGAUCAGGACGCCACGGCUCCGCCUGAAGCAAUGGCCCAGCCCUACCCCCCUGCCCAGUACCCCCCUCCGCCACAGAACGGCAUCCCUGCCGAGUAUGCCCCGCCCCCACCGCACCCCACGCAGGACUACUCCGGCCAGACCCCGGUCCCCCCAGAGCAUGGCAUGACCCUGUACACACCAGCACAGACCCACCCCGAGCAGCCAGGCUCCGAGGCCAGCACACAGCCCAUCGCCGGGACCCAGACAGUGCCGCAGACAGACGAGGCGGCACAGACGGACAGCCAGCCGCUCCACCCCUCCGACCCUACAGAGAAGCAGCAGCCCAAGCGGCUACACGUCUCCAACAUCCCCUUCCGGUUCAGGGACCCUGACUUGCGGCAAAUGUUCGGGCAAUUCGGAAAAAUUUUAGACGUGGAGAUCAUUUUUAACGAGCGGGGCUCCAAGGGUUUUGGGUUUGUAACUUUUGAAACUAGCUCAGAUGCUGACCGAGCCCGGGAGAAGCUGAAUGGGACGAUCGUAGAGGGACGGAAAAUUGAGGUCAAUAAUGCCACGGCCCGAGUCAUGACCAACAAGAAGACGGGGAACCCCUACACCAACGGCUGGAAGCUAAAUCCAGUGGUGGGCGCAGUCUAUGGGCCUGAGUUCUAUGCAGUGACGGGGUUCCCCUACCCCACCACCGGCACAGCCGUUGCCUACCGGGGCGCACAUCUUCGGGGCCGGGGCCGGGCCGUGUAUAAUACGUUUCGGGCUGCGCCACCCCCACCCCCCAUCCCGACUUAUGGAGCGGCACUGGAGCAAACGCUUGUUAAAAUGCCAGUCCCAUGGGCGGGGCUGGCACCGUGCCCCCUCCCUCCUCAGCAGACACCGGAGCCGGCCUACCCCACCUCUCCAGCGUUCCCACCACUUUCUUGUCCGUUUGCUUCCAGGGUCGUGUAUCAGGAUGGAUUUUAUGGUGCUGAGAUUUAUGGAGGCUAUGCAGCCUACAGAUACGCUCAGCCCGCUGCAGCGGCAGCAGCCUACAGCGACAGUUACGGCAGAGUCUACGCAGCUGCCGACCCGUACCAUCACACCAUCGGGCCCGCGGCGACCUACAGCAUUGGAACCAUGUGAAACCUUCCACCGUUUCCUUGUCGGACCAUGAAGGGCAAAAACAAAAAAAACAAAAAAAAUCACAAAACAAAAAAAACAAAAAAAGAUGUUAAGAUCCAAGCAACAACAAAAAAAAAAACAACCAAACCAAGAGGCAUCCAACCAAGUCCAAGUCCCGCGUCCUGGCCACACGCCCGCACCGAGGGAGCACGCCGGCAGGGGCGCCGAGGAGCGGCCCCGGGACUGGACGGCCCCACCGCGUCCUGGCUGGCAGCGCAGUGGGAACACGCCCCUCCGUCUCAGGCAGUGGGGGAGUUGGAGGGGAAGGGGCCUCCCUUGCGGGCCUGUGAGGGGCUGUUUUCCAUCCAGUCUUCCUUUCCCAGCCCCCAACUCCCAAGGCAGUGUGGAGCCCAGCGGCGGCAGAGCAGGCCCGGGGCCUUAGCAGGGAGGUGCUGCUAGCAAGACUUGAUCUUUGUGGCCAGCUGUGCCGGGGGGCCGGCGGGGCUGGGGGGUGCGGGCAGCUUUCAUCCCAGGGGCUCCACUGGGCCCCGUCACCCUCGUGUCGCGUCCCCUGCGUCCCACCUCCCUCAUGCCCGGCAGUCCCGCCCGUGCCCCCAGCCUGGCGAGGCAGCCGUCCAACAGUAGCCCCGGGACCAACUCCCAACAGGAAGGGUUGAUGUGGCUCCAGGACUCAGGGGUGCUCCACAGGAGGACGAAGGAAGUCCAGCCAACCAGGAACCACUCCUCACACCUCCAAGUGUGGCCAAGUGGGCCCUGAGGCCAAGGACUUGCUCUUCCUGGCCAUCUCUCCCUUUCUGGAGGUGGCCUGGGGCCUGUGCACACCAAGGCUGACUUCGUGCUGCCUACUGGGACCCAGCCCUCCCUGCCGCUCCCCUGCGAGCCCAGUCCACCGUGGGCGGCCAGGAACGGGCCAGUGCCCGGCUGCGCCUCAAGGUUGGGAGUCUCAGUGGCUGUGGGCCUGGACGGGCACAGCCAGAGCAGAGGCCCAUGGGAAGGGCAAGGGAUGGGGAAGCCUGGGCCGGCCCCUUCCCUGCUCCCAAGGCAGGUGUCCAGGUGGCGGGAGCAGCCAAGCUCACCUGGUGGGAGGAGCAGAGCAGGUGGCAGGGAGGAGCUCCUGGCAAGGCAGGGAGCGCUGAAGUAGGGAAGCAGCAAAAAAUACAGGCUCCUGACGUGACUCCACUGUCUCAUGAAACGUCAAAAAUUUAAAAAUACACCUCACUUUCUCUUCAGCAUCAGCUACUGAAGCUAUCGAAAUGGAAUUCUCCUUUUCUAUUCCUGUUGUACAUAGCCCCAUGCCCUGCCUCUGGCUUUGUCCUCUGUACAGAGCCCCCUGUCCCCUCUGCUGUUCCGGACCCUUUUCUUGCAGCAGCUCAACCCCCUGACUCAGAUCCCCAGGACUGCAGCCGAGCCCCGGGCUUCCUUUCUUACCAUUCUGUAUGCUUCCAAGGUGUGACCAUUCCAACUAACAGUAUUAUUAAGAUGAUUAAUAAAGAUUUCUUUCUUCAAACCAGGA